GUCAUUCACGCGCGCAUGCGCAUUAUCACCCGCCGAGAAACCACUUUUCUGGAGUGUGUGAACGCGCAAAUUGAACAACGUUGUCUGCGGACCGUUUGUUUUUACACUGGUCUAACAGCAAUUCCUUUGCUGCAUUUUACAAAAAAUGGAGAAGAAGCGUAAACAAUAAGCUGGACGUUAACAUUUUAAGAAAGCUAUUGACCUGCAAACCACUUUUCAGCUUCAGCCCCAGGAAAUGUUUGGGAAAAUGUCGGGUCCAAAAAACUCCAGAAGAGCAGAGCGUGUAUCUUUGAGUAGGACAGCAAUGAAGAGAAAAGGUUCACACAAGCAUAAGCACAAGCAUCGUGUGGCGAUAAGAAGGUCAAUAAAUCCACCUGUACAGAACAUUGUUGGCUGCAGGGUAAAGCACAAGUGGAAGGAGGAUUGUUUUAGUCCAACAUCACAUUGGACUGGGACAGUGCUAGAGCAAAUUCUAGUAAACCCUUCCCUCUACCUCAUCAAGUAUGAUGGCUUUGACUGUGUUUAUGGUCUGGAGAUUCUCAGAGAUGAGAGGGUUAAAGAUCUUGAGAUCAUGCCUGGAAAAAUUGAUCCAUAUCGAAUAAGUGAUGCUCGCCUAGCAGAAACAAUGUUGGGUCAAACUGUGGAGCACCAAUUUCAGGCAGAAGAUGGAUCAAAGAAUGGCUGGAAAGGGUUGGUGCUUGCCAGAGCUCCCAUCAUGCCCACAUGGUUUUUCAUUACUUAUGAGAAGGACCCUGUUCUUUACAUGUACCAACUUCUUGAGGAUUAUAAAGAAGGUGACCUUCAGAUACUCCAAGACACAGAAGACUCCACUAAAGUGAAAGAGACUGGUGAAGCUUUUGACAGUCUUGUUGGAAGGCAAGUGGAUUAUGAGAAUGAGAAUGGCGCACAGAGAACCGGCACAGUUAUUCAUCAGGUUCAGGCUAAGCCAUCCGUCUACUUUAUUAAGUUUGAUGAUGACUACCAUAUCUAUGUUUAUGACAUGGUUUGAGUUGACAUUUGUCACUAUGAUGCAUCAACUUUUUUUAAUGCGGUUUCUGUAAAUAUGUUGCAUAUGGCUGCUUUUCGGUUCAUUUAUAUUUCGGCUAUCUAAAACAAAUGCCCUUUGGGAGAUGGACAUUUAACUCAUGUUGUUUUUGUAAUAAUUAUUUGUGAUAUUGACUGGUGCCUCCUUGCUUCCUUGUGGGUAUGCAGCAAAUUGAAACUUGACUGGUGGUAAUUGUUUAUUUUGUUAGUUUUUUGUUUGCUUAUAGAUGUUGCUCCGUUUAGUCUUUUUUGCACUUGUACAUUAUAUUGUGGCAUUAAGUACUGAAUUGUUCUCUAUUAAAGGAAUAAAAUCUUUAAUAUUAA